CCAGUUCAUAUUGAUCGCCAAAGAUAACGCGUGCUACAUUCAGUUACCAUUUGUGUUAUUUAAUCAAAAAAUAUAAAUCAAAUACUCAUUCAAAAUGGGAUUAUUAUUUGGAAAAUUAUGGAGCCUAUUCGGUAAUGAAGAACACAAAUUAGUUAUGGUGGGCUUGGAUAAUGCGGGGAAGACAACAAUUCUAUACCAAUUUCUAAUGAACGAAGUGGUACACACCAGUCCAACCAUCGGUUCAAAUGUCGAAGAAAUCGUUUGGAAAAAUAUCCAUUUUUUAGUAUGGGAUCUAGCAGGUCAGCAAAGUUUACGGACGGCGUGGAGUACAUAUUAUACGAAUACAGAGUUUAUUAUAAUGGUUAUCGACUCGACGGACAGAGAACGAUUGGCUGUGACACGUGAAGAACUUUAUACAUUGUUACAACACGAAGAUCUAUCGAAAGCAUGUCUUCUGGUAUACGCAAAUAAACAAGACUUAAAAGGCGCGAUGUCUGCAGCUGAAAUAUCACGUCAAUUAGACUUAACAUCAAUUAAAAAACAUCAAUGGCAUAUACAAUCGUGUUGUGCUUUAACCGGGGAUGGGCUAUAUCAAGGUUUGGAAUGGAUUACACAAAGAAUAAAAAAGAAAUGACCUGACUAAAUUCUUAGUUUUCUCGUUGUAAAGCUUUAAGAAUUUAUCUAAUUAGAGAGGAAGGGAAAUUAAAUUCAUUUUUUUUGCAUUCUUCUCAUUUUACGAUUAAUUAGAGAAUUAAAAAAAAAAUAAAGAAAAUAAAAACCAACUAUGUUAUAAAUAGACAGCUAAUUUAAAAACAAUGUACUAAAUAAAUGUAAAAGAGAGAAGACAAAAGAAACUAUUGAAAAGAUAUCAAACUAAAAAUUUAAAUAUAAUUGUACAAAACCUUGAACAUAAUGGAAUAAAUAAGCCUAAAAAAGGAUAGAACUCACAAAAA